AUGCCAGACUACAAAUUCUACUACUUUAAUGUGCGUGGGAUAGGCGAGCCAGUGCGAAUGGUCAUGCACUAUGGUAAUAUUGAGUUUGAAGACGUCAGAAUAGAGCAGAAAGAUUGGCGCAACUACAAAAAUAGUAGGUUUUUUCAAUUUUAAGAGGUCAAAAAUAUAUUUUUAAAAAUUUUUUGAAAUUUUUAAAAUUUAUAAAAAAAUUUCAUAAAUUUCAAAAACUUCAGAAAUGCCCCAAGGCACUGUACCAGUGCUGUCAAUAGACAAUGGCAAGAUAAAAUUGUCUCAAAGCACAGCAAUUGCUUGUUAUUUGGCUAGAAAAGUUGGUAAGUAUUAUAGAUUAUUAGGUAUAUUUUGACUAUUUUAUUAAAAAUCAAUUUUUUUAGUUUCAAACUUUAAAAUAACUAAUACUAAGUAAGUAAUACUAAAGUAAUAUUAGGCUGUUCACUUAAUUCUGCGCCUUUUAUUAAAGAAAAUUUUUUAAAAAUAUUUUUUGAAUUUUACAGGCCUUGGAGGUAGAAAUGAACUAGAAAUGGCGAGGAUAGAUGAAGCUUUAGCGACUUACAAAGAUAUGUACGCUAAAAUGGCAGAUUUCAACUACUCGUCGGGUGGGCUGAGAGGGUUGGACAAAGUGAGUUCAAAAUGUAUAAUAGCUCUAAACUUAACGGUAUGAUAGCUUUAAUAUAACUUUACAUAGUUUUUGUAUAUAUGAUAGCUUUUCCACAGCUUUCUAAUUAUACAAGGGGGACACUUCGAAACCGUUUGACUAUGUUAUAACUAGUACUAUAUGUUACUAUCUUUAGUUGUUGUUUUAGUUAUAUUUGCUGUUAAAACAAAUAUUUGAUUAAAAAACCGUGUAACAGAACUUCUGGCGCACCCUGUACUCUCAGGGUCGUAACUAUAGGCCUACCUUCAUCUACUCCUCCCCUUUCUGUAAGAAUCUGUAACAACGCCUCUAUACUCCCUUAACAGCAAUUAACACCACAAUCUUUCAGGACGAGCUAUACGAAAGCCAAGCCAAACCCAUUACCGCUCAAUACUUUCCUUUAUUAGUGAAGAUGUUGAAGAAGCAUCACAUGAACUUCAUAGCCUCACAAAAGCCGACUGUCGCCGACUUCUUUUUUGCUGAAUGGCUGUACUCGGUUAUGGGGUUCAGGAAGGAACUUUUUUGA